UAAGUUGAGGCAUCGAACAUCGUCAUCGUGAAACGUGCAGCUCCGGAAAAAAAAAAUUAAAAAAGUAACUAAAAUAACCAGAUCCGAUCUGCUGACCCGGUUCCUCGCCGGAAUCUUCAUCAUACGGUAACCGCCGGCGAUAUCUUCAUUCUUCACUUGAGAUAAUUAAAUAUUAUGGAAGACGUCAAGGGGAAGGAGAUUAUUGAUGAUGCUCCCACUGAAAGCAAGGUUUCAGAUGAGGUGGAGACUCCUAAACAGCCAUCAUCUGAGUCUGAGGAAAAUGCCAUCAAGAAAAAGUACGGAGGAUUGUUGCCAAAGAAGAUUCCGUUGAUAUCCAAGGACCACGAACGCGCGUUUUUUGACUCGGCAGAUUGGGCUUUGGGCAAGCAAAAAGGACAAAAGCCGAAAGGACCUUUGGAAGCCCUCCGCCCGAAACUGCAGCCAACUCCGCAUCAGCAACCAAGAGCGAAACGAAUGGCUUAUUCUUCUGGCGAUACUGAAGACUCUGAGACUGACAACAACGAAUCUCCCGAUGACCAAGCCGGAGCAUCAGCUGUUGACAACACCAACGUAAAGGAAGAUGGAGGCAGCGAUGGUGACGCGAAAGACAGCCUAAAAUCGUGAACAACAAACAUAUAGAUCUCUUGAGGAGCAAACAAACAAACAUCACAUGUCAAGAAUAAGCGACCAGGUUUGCUUUGCAACGGUUGUAAUAUCAAAGUCUCUUACCUUAUCAUACUUGGGAUAGCAAAUCUGUAUCACAUACGAAUCUCGUGUCUCAGAACGUUUUAUUGGACGAUUGCAAAUGUUUUGCUUUAAUGAUCCAUCAAAGCCUUCUUAAUGAUUCAUUUACCUAAA